AUGAUGGGCGUCUCAAAGAUAUCCUUUAUUGUACUGUUAGUAGCAUGGAGCGUACAGGUCGCCAACCAUCAGAGUUUACCGCUGUAGUUGGUACAUUAUCGAGAACGAGAGGUGGUACAACGUAUGAAAUAAGCAAAUUCAUUUCUCACAAAGAACAUAACAAGCCAAAUCAAUUCAACAACGAUAUCGCUGUUAUAAGUACGAAAAAGGCCAUCGAAUUCAAUAAAAACGUUCAGCCUCUGCCAUUUCCCAAGAAGGAUAUUACCUCAGGAUUGUCGUGUAUACUGAGCGGCUGGGGUAAACUUGGCAGAAGGCGGGAGUCACCUGACAAAUUGCAAUAUCUGUAUGUAAAAACAUUAACCAGUGACGACUGUACGCCCUUAAGAGAAAACAACCCAGUCAAAAUAAAUUCCAGCCAGAUGUGUACCCUUAACAAACGUGGAGAAGGAACAUGCCAAGGUGAUUCAGGCGGCAGUUUAGUGUGCAACGGCACCGCAGCCGGUAUCGUGUCCUACAACUUUCCCUGCGCAAAUAAUUAUCCUGACACGUACACCAACACGUACAAAUACAUCUCCUGGGUAGAUGAAAAUACUAAAUCACCCUGAGUAUUGUCAUUUAUAAAUUGUUAUAAAUUUCGUUGCACAAAUUA